AUGUACGUGCCGUCCGACAGCUUUGGGGGCAUGAGCCCGGAGCGGAGAGCCGCCCAGUCGCUGGCCACCUUUUUCACCUUUGUGGCUGCCAAAGUGGUGAUGUCGCAGCUGGAGGGCAUUGGGAGGAGCGACUUGGGCAGUUACAAUGCCGAUGCGAGCAACACCCUGCGCCGCUUCCUGCAAAAUGAGCCCAUGAAGGACAGCGCGGAUUGGCUGGCCAGGCUGACAACGGAGAACGAGAUGCUGGGCAUACGGAUAAUGGAGGUGAGGGCUGCGUAUGCUAAGGAGGACUUUGAAUGGGACAACCUGAAGCGGCUUGCAAUAGAUGGGCUGGCCGCCGACAAUACGCGGCUGCUGCGCCAGCACGCCAACCAUCGCUUCACUGCCAUGCUAGAUCGGGCGGGGGGAGAUGAGCACUGA